UCGUCGGUGAACUGCCGUCAGUCUCGUGAAGAUAUUCCGGGAGUCAACAGGUGUUCGGUGGCAAAAGCAAAAGCAACAUUUGACACGUGAGAAAACGAAGCGAAUAAAUCGAUGAUCGUUUAAACGAAUGCAAUCAUACGAAUAACACACAUUUAUGCUGAUUCUCGCGGUCGUUUUAACAUUAAGCGUUUUAGCCUUACACCGAAUUAAAGAAUAAAAACACACAAUAAACAUUUUUUUAUCGUUGCCAAUUGAUACGGACGAGUCGAACGUGCCAUGAUUCCCUGAAAGAUAAAAACGCGGAUUGAACGGGAAGAAGAGGACUGAGAGAAGGAAGUCGAAGACCGGCACUCACACCGGUCUAUAAUUAUCGAAUUAUCCUUCGACUCGUUAUUUCUUCAUUUUUUUUUGAAGCCAUCGCUCCGUCAUAUCGCUGCGAAAAGUUAACAAGUUCUCUGUUGUAAACAUGAAAAGACUGCAGAUAAUACUUGGAGCAGUGAUGAUCGGUCUGAGUGUUUUGGCUUCGACGGCGGAAAUACCGAAGCCGAGUUACACUCGGACAAUGUUAAAAGUAUCUCGAAGCUUGCCGGGCGAGACGGAAGAGUUGAAAGUACGAACGAGCGAGGGCAACGUGGCGACACUGAUAGUGAAGCGUCGUGAAAAGAGUGCUUCUGCAGAAGGGGAUAAUCGUGAGUCGGAGAAUCCGAAUGAACCGAAAUCCGGAAGUGAGAUUUUGGAGAAAAGUGAAAAUGGGUCAUCGCCAUUACCGAGAAACACGGAUUCGAAAGGAAUACGAAAGGAAGCGGUUCGAAUAUCGGAGAGCAAAGAAAUCGAAGGAAUUCGUGAGAAAACGUCGGGAGAAAAUUUCUCAUCCGAGAAACCGGAGGAGAAUAAAAAUUCGAUAGAUCGCAGCGACCAAGUGAAUUCAUCGAGAAUUACGACACCGAAUACUUCCAUUAACGAUCAAAUGAUCGAUUAUGGUAAUUGGACACCUUUGAGUAAAGACGGUCGCGCCCUUGAGAUCAUCGACGGUAAGGACUCGAGCUGGAAACCGCUCGGAAGUACUGCGGAAAUUAUACCCAACGAUAGAACCAAUUUCGUUCGCUAUCCGGCUCAGCCCGAUAACCAGGAAUCAUUAAUUCUUGGUAGAAACUUCCAACCUCGUCAAACUAAAAGCUACGAAGAUGGUAUUUCGAGAGCUCGAAUCGUUGACAAUCAACCGAUGCAAUAUGCUUUCUUGCCGCAACAAUCGAGGCCUCUCACGAGAACGAACAUCGGCGCUAAUUCAUCGAAAAAUCGAGGUGGCAAGAAUGUGCCACCGGAAGUGACCGUCAGAUCGGAAAUAAACGUCAAAUCCAUACUCAAAAGAACUCCCAUGUCCAUGGACGCUGACGGUACUCCGAUAAUCCACGGUACGAGAGUCCCCGAUGGACCGAUGGACCACUUUCAAACUUGGAGAAAUGCCAGGGUCAUUAAUAACAAAUUAGUUACCGACAACGUUGACUCGCAAAACGUCGAACCUUUCAACGGAUUUCAUGCCUCGGAGAACGCAGCUGAAAGACAAAGAUUCGAACGAUUUUUUAAGGAUGUAAAUCGCAGAUACGGAAGGAAUGUCGGAGAGGAGAGGAACGUGUACUUUGAGUGGGAUCCAAAAUCCACGCACCAGAAUUCAGCACUGAACGCCGAAGUUUAUGAAACACGGAACGACAAUUACCGUUCGAACAUACAGAAGCGAAUGCUCCAUCCGGAAAGUCAUCAAAUAUAUCCGAAUUCUCAGAUUUAUACGCCGGAGAGUCAAAAGAUAGCGCCUUUGGCAUUGAAGCCGGGAGCACGGGCGCCGGUAUUGCAGUACGCGCAUCCGGAAUUGGGAGUGCAACCGGCUAAAAUUUUGAAGAAUUCCGAAAAAAGGCGUCCCGAAAACUUCCCGGACAAUCAAAAUUCUUUUACGGAGCAGAGGCACAAAAAGAAAUAUCCAUUGAACGAGAAAGCGGUCGUCGAGUCUUACGCGCCAAAAAACUAUUACCCGAGUCAGCAUUUUUACGGGCUCAAGCCGCCGAAUGAUCAGCCGUUUUGGAUUAAAAUAUCGGAGAAUUUGAGAAAUCAAUUUUCCACGGGUGUCGAAAGAGUUUCACAAUUAACGAGACCAGUUUUUGAUCCUCUGGUUGAGGCGACUCAAAAGAUAUCACAAAACUUGGGACUCUCGAGCAGAGGCAAAGAGGCUCAGGAUAAAAUCGGUACGGUCGCGACGAGCGGGUCGAUUCUCAUCCCGGCUCUUGGUCUCGUUGCUUCUGGAGCUGCUUUGGGUAUCGGAGCUGUUGCGGUUGGAAGAUAUUUGGAUGUCGAUGUCCUCAAACGAGGUCGGAAGGAAGACGAGGACAACGAGGGUUUAGAGUUGGAGAACAAUCGAGCGCUCGGAGCGAUUGGUUCGAGCGUUGCUGCGACACCGGACACUCCGGAAACGUCGGGUUCAGCUCACCAGGAUUCUCAAUCGUUCUCCGAAUACGGAAAAAUGGAGAACUUCUCCGGGAAUCCGACAGACUCGACCGAUUCAUCGGAUAUUUCGAAAACACCGCAAGUGCCAUCGAACCAGGACGAAGAUGGGGUUUUCAUGAUAGUGGAAGAAACAGAUCACCGGGAAAAUAUUGAAAAUCGGCAGACAAAACCAAUAGUCGACGAGGGCGGUUACGUCCAGACGAAGCAACGUCGAAGACGCUCUGCUGAUCCCGAGGAUUUUGGUCGUAACGAGGAGAUGCAACGUCAAACCGGAGACGAGCGUCUUCGUCGUACGGGCUCGGACUCAUUGAUCGAAAUCAUCGAGAUCGAUGUACCAACCAAGAGUAACAUCGAUCUUGCCGAUAUUUUAAAAAAAUUCGUGAAAAAAGAUGCCACGAAGAUCGCCACGAUUCAGAACGAUUUAGAAUCGAAUUUAUUUACCGGAAACAAUCUCGAUCCCGAAGACACUUUUUCCGGAUAUAAUUCACGGUCCCAGACCAUCGAUGAUCGAUCAUUUUUUAACAAUCCUGGAGAAAUUAAGAGCAGGAGAAGGAAUCGACGGAACACCGAUAGUGACCGCGAACUCGAAGAUGCUUUUCAAAAUCUUCAGAACGCUGAAGUAUUUACCGCUGCUCAUAUCGACGGCGAUUGGACAAAUACGCCGUGCGCCAAACGUUUAUUUUGCGACACCUUGAUACAACGAGGCUCGGAUGCUGUCAUCUUUAUGGAAAAGCGAAUGAACAACCUUCUUCGACUAAUACAGCCCGAAGCAGCGGUGCAGGUGUCCAGUCAUUUCCAGGAGGUCAUGGAGGCCGUGAAGAGACACGAUUGUUCGAGUUUCUUGUGCCCACAGGCGAGGCCGGGCAACGUAUUUUUCUAAGGCAUUCAUAACUUUUUUUUUCAUCGAAUGAAAACUCUUGAUAUAAAAAAUGAAUAGGGCACGAGUCAUACGAAAACAGUCAUAGCCAUUAAACGAGAUGAUCCAAAAAAGCUUUUACAUUAUACGAUUAUCUUCUGCGGCAGAAUUCAAAUUUACGAGGCUCUUGUACGGGCAUUCAGCGAUUACUUUAUCCUCACUAUCCACUUAUUUUUCAUCAGCAUAUUGGAAAGGAGUGCCUCACCACAGUCAUCCUCGUUGAGUCGUCCGUACAAAAAAAAACGUAAAGAGUAAAGCCAAACUGUAAAUAUACGUCGCUCGAUCGGUAACGAUUGCGCUCAUUUAUUUAAUUUAUUUCGUGUACAUAUUUUAAAAGCAAACCUAAAAAAUUUAUGACCAUUCGUUGUUGGAUAUUAACCUCCCCGUGUAUCGUUAAUAUAACUUUAAAGUAAUGUUGAUCUUCCUGAUUAGAUGUUGAAAUGGAUUGUUUGUUUGGAUAACAAAGAAAUUCAUUGUUAUAUUGAAGUUUAUCAAAUUUUUCGUGUGAAAGAGGAAAAUAUUAUUGAUGUUGAAAUUUUAUGAAUAUCUGUAUAAACGCGUGUUUCACUUCUAUAUUUUAUGGUCGUUAAUAUUAUUAUUAUAAGUGGUACUAUUAUUGCACUGUAUUUAUUCCAUUUCCAGUAUUCGUCGUUUAACUAAUGCUCCAAUCAUUCGGAUUGAUUACAUAACUUUACGUAUUUACUUACUAUUUAAAAUCGAACGAUGAAAAAUGUGAGGAAUGGUUUUUGUGUAGCAAAUAAAAAAUAAAAUGCCUUGUUUUUACUGAUUA